AUGUCAACUACCACCCAAACACUCUUCGUCCCGCACCUCGGCGGCAUCGACGUCGGCUACCGCCUGUCGCAGCCGGCCAUUGACCGCGCCAAGCCCACCGUCGUGCUCUUCAACCCGUUCACGGCCACCGCCGACUACUACGAGCCCGAGUUCCAGAAUGCGGACCUGUGCGCGUCUGCCAACCUGGUCGCCGUCGAGCCUUUGGGCCACGGCCGCACAAUGGCCCGGUCGGGCGCCGGCGCCACGUUUACCUACUGGGACUCGGCGCACAUGGCCCUGCAGCUGCUCGACGCGCUCGGGGUCGACACGUUCUUUGCCCUCGGCACGUCCCAGGGCGGCUGGAUCGCUGUGCGCCUGGCACUGCUGGCGCCCACCCGCGUCUUGGGUGUAGUGCCCGUCGGCUCGUCCAUGGAUGCCGAGUCCGCCGAGAGCCGCGCGCUCGGCUGCUGGGACGGCCCUGCUGCUACCGCCGGUUUCGUGGCGCAGGCCGGCGCGCCCACUGCCGACACGGCCGCCGACGCGGACUUUGUGCCGGGCGACGGCUACUGCGACUUCUUGAUGGAGAUUGGCUUUGGCCCGACCGUGACGCCGGCCAUCCGCGGCGUCUGGUCCAGGAGCCUUGCGCGCAACUACCACGGCGCGGCCGGCAAGCAGCGCAUCAUCAUGGCCGCCGUGGCCCUCGCGACGCGCGACAGCCUGCGCGCACGGCUGCCGUGCGUGCGCUGCCCCGUGCUGUGGCUGCAGGGCACGGCCGACGCCGUCUUCUCCCUGCAGCAGGCCGCGGCCGACCUGCCUCUCUUUGCCAACGCGGCCGACGCGCGGCUGGUGCCGUGCCCCGGCGGCGUGCACUUUCUGAGCCACACGCACAAGGACGUACUGCACCGCGAGCUACUGGCCUUUGUGCACAACUGGACGCGCGGGGCCUGGGCGCAGUUAUAG